AUGGCAUACUUUGGAAUUCAGAAUGCUAUCCUGGGACAAUCCUGUGGGCUCAUUGAUUCCAAAGGGCAUGCACAAAAUUUGCGGUUGAUUGCUGCUAUUGAUGCUCAUGCUUUGUCAGACAAGAUACUGGAGAAGCUUACUGCCACAAAUUCUUCUACAGGAGACGCCAAGAAUGAGGCAUCUCAACGUGGCUCAUGUCCAACAUUUGUCAUUGACCUCUUCAUAGAUGCAUGCCAGAUAUUCAACAACUCUAGUGCUCCUAGUGCUACACCGAUUUUAGGUCGCCUAAUUUGUGUGGAUGGCCAUUUAAUUCCAUCCAGAAAAUCAAAACCAUUCGUCAUUGCUGUUUACCAUGGAGAGGGAAAGCCAAACUUGGAUGCUUUUCUUUUUGACUUAACAAAUGAAUUAAAUUCACUGCACCCCAAGGCUCCUGCACUUGACAGGGUCAUGACUGUUGUGGUUCGUGCAUUAAUCUGUGAUGCCGUUGGUCGUUUCUGGAUCAAACAAACAACGUCAAAUGCAGGAUACUUCUGCUGCGAACGGUGUAUUUUGAAGGGCGAGUACAAGCUGGACGCUAAACAUUCAAUUGUGCCUGGGUCUCUCCGAUUCCUUUCAACUGGACAAGAAUCUGAAAGAAGACCAGAUGAAUGGCAUCAAUACCGCCUUUCACCUGACGGUGUUGACAGGCAUCAGAAGACAGGAAAAGCAAUUAAGCGAUUUCAUAGAAGAGGCACAACUCCCUUGGACAACAUCCUAGAUUUCAGCCCUAUCAGUAACAUGCCACUGGAGGAAAUGCAUUUGUGCGAUGGCGGAGCCAUUCCAACAACAUUGCGCCUACUCUUUGACGUUAAGCCAAAGAAAGAAUUUUCAAAAAAGAAAGCGUUUGGAUCCAGAAGUGGCAAGCAUGUUGUGCAGCAAAUAGUGCGUCGGUUACUGGCAAUGAAGAUGUAUAGACAGCCCACACGACUUAACGGCUGGGAACUUGAUGAUGACAACCUCUCCUACCAAGUGGAGCUACAAAGAGUACACGAAAAUGGAAACAACACAGACUUACCUCCAUUCUUUGUGAAACGUUAUGAUUCAAAGAAACAAGUUGUGGAGUGUGAAAUUUUUACACUCUCCUUAAAAGCGUCCCAUUACCCUGGCGGUCAUAUUGCAAUGGAUCGUUGCAAGGGAAAGUCUGGGGUGACCAUCAUUCCUUUCAUGCGCGUGCUGGAAGCUCUUCUUGUACCGGUGCGUUCUUAUCUCAAGGCCAAAAGUCCCAAUGGAAAAUUG